ACGUCACGCACGCACGCGGCGCCUCGGAGGCCGAGGGCGGGGCCGCCGGGGACCUGAGGCCGAGGCACAGCGGCCCGAGCCGGGGCCAUGGCGAAGCUGCUGAGCUGCGUCCUCGGUCCCCGGCUCUACAAGAUCUACCGGGAGAGGGACACGGAUCGGGCCGCGCCCGGCGUCCCGGAGACUCCCACUGCCGUCCCCGCCCCCGCCUCCAGCUCCUGGGUGAGUCGGCUCCCCCCGGCUGAGAGCAUGGAUUCGUAUUAUCAGCCUCGUGCCCUGGAGAAGCAUGCCGACAGCAUCCUGGCGCUGGCUUCAGUCUUCUGGUCCAUCUCUUACUACUCCUCUCCCUUCGCCUUCUUCUACUUGUACAGGAAAGGUUACUUGAGUUUGUCCAAAGUGGUGCCGUUCUCUCACUAUGCCGGGACGCUGCUGCUGCUCCUGGCAGGGGUGGCUUGCCUCCGAGGCCUCGGCCGCUGGACCAACCCCCAGUACCGUCAGUUCAUCACCGUCCUGGAAGCCGCACACCGGAACCAGUCUGCAGAAAACAAGAGGCAGCUGGCCAACUAUAACUUCGACUUCAGGAGCUGGCCCGUCGACUUCCACUGGGAAGAGCCCAGCAGCCGGAAGGGGUCCCGUGGUGGCCGGGGUGUGGCCCUGCUUCGACCAGAGCCUUUGCACCGGGGCACAGCAGACACGUUUCUCAACAGGGUCAAGAAGCUGCCUUGUCAGAUCACCAGCUAUCUGGUGGCACACACCCUGGGGCGCCGGAUGCUGUACCCAGGCUCUGUGUACCUGCUCCAGAAGGCCCUCAUGCCUGUGCUGCUGCAGGGCCAGGCCCGACUGGUGGAGGAGUGUAACGGGCGUCGGGCGAAACUGCUGGCCUGUGAUGGUAACGAGAUUGACACCAUGUUUGUGGACCGGCGGGGGACAGCUGAGCCCCAAGGGCAGAAGCUGGUGAUCUGCUGUGAGGGGAAUGCAGGAUUCUAUGAGGUGGGCUGUGUCUCCACGCCCCUGGAAGCUGGAUACUCCGUCCUGGGCUGGAAUCAUCCUGGCUUUGCAGGAAGCACGGGGGUGCCAUUCCCGCAGAAUGAGGCCAACGCCAUGGAUGUGGUGGUUCAGUUUGCCAUCCACCGCCUGGGCUUCCAGCCCCAGGACAUUGCCAUCUACGCCUGGUCCAUUGGAGGCUUCACGGCCACGUGGGCAGCCAUGUCCUACCCAGACAUCAGUGCCGUUAUCCUGGAUGCCUCCUUCGAUGACUUGGUGCCCUUGGCCUUGAAGGUCAUGCCGGACAGCUGGCGAGCCCUGGUGACCAGGACUGUGAGGCAGCAUCUCAACCUCAACAACUCAGAGCAGCUGUGCAGGGGUAAGCCUGGCUCAGAAGGGGCUGCCCCAGGGCCACACCGGGUCACUCGGGCCUCAGCUGUGGCCUGGCUGUCUGAGCUCUGCGUCCCUGCCGCUCUGUUCCGAAGGUUCCAGGGCCCCGUGCUGCUGAUCCGGAGAACCAAGGACGAGAUCAUCACCACCACGGUUCCUGAGGACAUCAUGUCCAACCGAGGCAAUGACCUCCUGCUCAAGCUGCUGCAGUUCCGGUAUCCCCGAGUGAUGGUGGACGAGGGGCUCAGAGCGGUGAGGCAGUGGCUGGAGGCCUCCUCCCAGCUGGAGGAAGCCUCCAUUUACAGUCGCUACGAGGUGGAAGAGGACUGGUGCGUGUCUGUGCUGCGCUCCUACCAGGCAGAGCACGGGCCUGGCUUCCCCUGGAGUGUGGGGGAGGACAUGAGUGCGGAAGGACGGCGGCAGCUGGCGCUGUUUCUGGCCCGGAAGCACCUGCUCAACUUUGAAGCCACACACUGCACCCCCCUCCCGGCCCAGCACUUCCAGAUGCCCUGGCACCUCUAGGGGCCACAGUCGGCUGCCGGGAGGGCAGGAUGGAGGGCGUGAGGGACACUCCCGUGGCGCUCUCUCCGCGUUGCUGAUGCUGGUGCGGACAGUGGGGCGCUCUGGCCGCCGUCCUCCUGCACGUUCCCUCUUCCACAGGAAGCACUUAGCUCUCCCCAGCACACGCCCUGCAUUAAAUGAACGAUCUAUUCCUAAUAAUUAAUAAAAACGUAUUUUUUCUAC